CAAGCAUCCAACACCUCAACUAUCCACCUAAUCCCUCAUAGAAACCCCCUCAGCUCUACACCCCAACCCCAAACAAACCAAGAAACCCACCCCAUCCACCCCAACCUUUAAAAAAAUCUAAAAUGGUCUGCGCCAAAUGCCAAAAGAAACUCAAACAAACCGAACUAGCCACCCCGGGUGUAAAGCGCAAGAGCGAGAUGUACUACGGCUCCCCCGCGACCAGCGGCAGCGGCAGCGCCAGCAGCAGUCACGCAGACAAAUCGAAACCCACGUUAGGGAACACGGGGAUCGGGAAGAGUAAACUCCUCAGCUCCAAGGCCAAGAAUCCCUACGCGGCGUACUCGUCCUCGUGCGAGAUGUGCAAGACCAAGACCGAGCAGGGCCGGAAGUACUGCCAGCGGUGCGCUUAUCAGAAGAAUUCUUGUCCGAUGUGUGGGAAGAGUUUGGCUAAGGGGGUGGUGGCUAAGGGGCAGCCGGUUGUGCAGGGGCAGAAGUUUAAUUUGAAGUGAAUGGUUCUAUUUUGUGGUUUGGUUUGUUGUUUGAGAUGUUGGUUUCGUCCGUGUGGGUGUUAUGAUUUUUCCUUAUCAUCGGGGGGAUUACUAGGUAAAUAUCUCUCUCGUGAGUGGCAUGGCGUUCAGGGGUGCAAUUGCAAGGGAAAGGUCAAGGCAGCAGACGGUUGUUUGCACAUGAUAUCCAACAGUUAACUGGAAUAAGAACUUUGGUAGUAAAAAAAGCUAGUUAUACAUGACACACACGCACACACACAUACAAAAUAUAUGCAG